UUGGAAAUGUCAAAAAAAGACGCACCAAUACAUUAAAACAUACAGUAGUAACAAACAAUCAUUCAGAAACAUAACAAAGUGGGUUUCGAAAACAAGACAUCGAUUAACGCCAAAAAAUAGGCAAUCACUAUUCGUAUCAUCGUAAACAACGGAUAAGUUAAACAACUUACGGCAAUUUAAAAUAAUUGUUUGUACUAUUCUUAGAUAGAGAGAGUUUUUAUUUUUUUGACAAUUCAACCGCAAUCCUGGAAUCCAUCAACGAUAUGCCCACCUCAAACGCCUUUUUAAUCAUCAAUUUAGGCUGUGAAAUGCUGUACGUUAUCGAUCAACGGCUGAAAGCACAGGGUAUUUCAUUGGAAAAAUCCGCUCAAGUUCUACGUGACUUGACAAGUGUUUUAUUUGAUCAAAAGUUGGUGGUGCAGCUGAUGAACCCACAUCCAUGCCAGCAUAUAUUGACUGUGCAACAAUGUCGAAUUUUGUUGACUGAUAUUGCUUGCUGUUCGCUGAUGCGUUUGGAUAUGACAUCAAUGGAUAAACUGUGGGAUUUGAUGGUGAUGCUUUUUAAAUGGCAACUGUACACCAUUCGUGACAAUCCCAACCGAUUGCUUGAGCUCACCUUUCGCCACAUGGACGGUGUGGCAAAAUUGAUGCCCGAAAUGAAGAAAACCUUAUUGGUUGAUUCAACGAAGCGUUGUUUGAUUGAAUUCUGGGAUGCAUGCUCACCGGAAGAGGUCGAACUUUUGAUGGGCAAACUGUUGCAAUGGAUGCAGCCGUUUAAUGUAAAAAUAUCGAUUUUAAUUCGAUCCGGUUUUCAGCGAAAUGACGGCACGUUUGAAACGACACCGGGACACAUGCAAAUUGAACAUUUUCAGGAUUACGUUGACAGCAUCGGUGAGAAUAUUUAUGCAAAAAGUGCGAGUGCCUCAAAGUCAAAGUCUCGAAAAUUGUCAAUAGAUCAGCAGAACGAAAAAAGACGAACCUCUUCAGUCAGCAAUGAGUUGAGCUCAUUGGCACAUCAGUUGAAUAUAGACAAUGACAUUGUGCCGGAAGAGCCGGUCGAUGAGCCAGCUCCAGCGGAAAAUUUGGAUGAAAUGGCCGAAAGAUCGAGCAAAAGUGAUUUAGUUGUUGACGAUGUCAAUUGUUCAAUGACAACGGAAAAUGUUGAAAUUGAAUGCACCACCGAUUCAUCGUCAAACUCGGAAUUUGUUCAUUUGAAGAAGACCACCACUGUGUUGCAAAGCUAUCUCGAGCAAUUUCAAAUGGAGAAUAUCAAAUCGAACGAGAGCAGCGAAACAUUUGACGCCACCGAAGAAUUGCUCAAAAUGUUAGACACGGAAAAUAAUGAAUCGUAAAUUGUUCAAAAUAACGAACAAUUUCUUCAUACACAGAAACCAAUCAAUAUACACACGAGUCUUUUUUUCAAGUUCAAAUUUAUUCUUCUAACAAUUUAACAAAAAAGAUGAUUGAAUUUGAACGAAUUCAAAUGACAAAAAUUUACUCCCAAAAAAAUCACAAAUGAACAAAUUUUUAAUUGAUGAUAGAAUUGCGCUUACCGAUCUCAACGGUUUUUCAGUGAGUUUUGUCCAAACUGUGCUUUUGACCGGCGCAAGAUAGCGGUGGCGUCUAUUCGCAAUUCGCGGAAUUUUUAAGAACUAUCAAUACUUGUUGUUGUUGUCAUGAAUUUCGCAACAACAAGAAGUAUUGAUAGUUCCUUAAGUUGCCGCAGAUCCUAUUUAGGCGCUACCGCUAUUCACUGUCACGUCAAAUACAUUGGUUCUUAUGGGAGAGAAGCACAGGUUGGUUUUGUCAUUCGCUCAACAAAUAGGGUGAUGAAAGAACAGGAAUUGAACAUUUACAUAAAGAAGCGAAUGGAUGUGACAACGAAAUUGG